GAGUAUUCUGCUCCACAUGCAAAACAGUGAUUUUGUUCAAAAUACCAGGUCUACAAAAUUGAAUUCAGCCCUCCUAGCCUGUGUUUUGGGUUGGUUUAUGAAUUGGCUGUUAUGUGAUACUCUUUCAGCUCAAUAAGAUUAGCAACUGCUACUUGAAUUCUGGGUAAAGUGAACAAAUUUUUUUAAACCGUGUAGAAGAGUGAGAGGAGCAUUAUUUUUUCACAAACUACAUUAAUGUUUGCACACAUAAAUGGUUGUUACGUGACACUUGAUAUUAUAUUAUUGCAAAAUGACUGUUUCUGUGCGUGGAGGGACAAGUGGGGACUCUGCCCCCCCAAACAGUACUACACCUGCACAACAAGGUGGCCAGUCAAAUGACUCUGGUCAACAGCAGGACAAUGAGAACUCAGUUAUACAGAAUGAUGAUAGUUCUAGUCUAUUGUUGCCUAAUGGAGAAGUGGCAUUUCCUCUUACUGAAUUGUCCAAAUUGGAUGAGAUGAUUAACAGGCCACGUUGGGUGGUACCUGUUCUUCCCAAUGGUGAACUGGAAGUUCUCUUGGAGGCAUCCAUCAAACUUUGCAGAGCAGAGCUAGACACCAAGAGUGAGGAUUGCCAGAGGUUCUUUAGAGAUGGCUUGACCACAUCAUUUCAUAAAAUUCUUAAUGAUGAAGCAGUAAAUGGAUGGAAGUAUGACAUUCAUAAAGCUAUCUUAAAGAAUACAGAGAAGCUUGUAGAGUUGUGUGUAACAAAACUAAGCCAAGAUUGGUUUCCUCUUCUUGAUCUUCUAUCUUUAGUAUUUAAUCCUAUGUCCAGAUUUAAUAUCUACAAUGGUGCCAGGCCUUCCGAGACAGUACCACAGGGAGCUCAGGUGGCUGAAAAUUCAAUUUAUGCUAGACCUCCUGAUGCCAGGUCACCAAAGGGGUGGCUUGUGGACCUGGUCAACAAGUUUGGUUUACUGGGAGGCUUUAGCACUUUACAGGAAAGAAUAUGUGAUGGCAGUAAUCUUAGUGUCCCACUCUUAGCAGCUCUCCUUAGACCAUUUGGAUCCUGUGCAGAGGUUCUCACAACUAGCACUGUAGAAAAAUACUUUUUACCUGUUAUAGAUUUUGUUCCUACAUUUCUUGAGAACUUAACUGAUGAUGAGCUUAAAAAAGAGGCAAAGAAUGAAGCAAAGAAUGAUGCUCUCUCAUCUAUUAUCAAGGCUCUUAGAAACUUGGCAGUGAGGCUCACAUCUCGAGAGGACAUUGCCAAGCAUUUGGAAACAUUUAAACUGAAAAUGAUACUCAGAUUACUUCAAAUUUCUUCUUUUAAUGGAAAGAUGAAUGCACUAAAUGAGAUAAACAAAGUUAUCACUGGUGUAUCAUACUUCACUCACAGACAUACUGUUGCGGACGAGGAGGAGUGGCUAACAGCAGAGAGGAUGGCUGAGUGGAUCCAGAAAAAUGGAGUGCUUUCAAUUGUGCUAAAAGACAAUCUCCAUCAGCCUCAGGUUAUUGAUUGUAGAUAUGAUUACACAAAGCUGAAGUUACCAACUACAACCUACAAGGCUGGAAAACAUGAUGCAAUUGUAAAGAACAUCCAUGACCUCCUGGCCAAAUUAGCUUGGGAUUUUUCUGCUGAACAGCUAGAACAUCUGUUUUCUUGUUUCCAGGAAAGUUGGACAAAUGCCAGUAAAAAGCACAGGGAAAAACUUUUAGAGUUGAUAAGACGUUUAGCAGAAGAUGACAAAGAAGGAAUCAUGGCCCAUAAGGUGUUAGGUUUAUUGUGGAACCUUGCUCACAGUGAAGAUGUCCCAACUGACAUCAUGGACUUAGCUCUGAGUGCACAUAUCAAGAUCCUGGACUACAGUUGCUCACAGGACCGUGAUUCUCAAAAAACAGAAUGGAUAGAUCGUUGUAUAGAAGAGUUACGUAGUGACACUUGGGUUUUACCAGCACUCAAGCAAAUCAAAGAAAUAUGUUCCCUUUUUUAUGAGGCUCCACAAAACUAUUCUCACACUCAGCGUAACCCUCACGUAUAUUAUCGACAUGAAGUUAUAAAUCAGCUGCAACAGACUCACUCCUUGGUAAAGAUAGUUGCUGAUAAUCUUGCAACCUACAUGCAGAAAGUUCACACUCUGAUGGAAGGUAAACCAGAUGUAGUCCCAGGUGAUAUAAAAAUCGAUGGACGAUACAAUCAUGUGACUCAAGUACAGGAGAGACUUAACUUUCUCAGGUUUCUUCUCAAAGAUGGACAGUUAUGGCUAUGUGAACGCCAGGCCAAAUUGAUCUGGCAGUGUCUUGCAGAAAAAGCUGUUUUAUCAUCUGAUAGGGAGAGUUGUUUCAAGUGGUUUUCAAAGUUGAUGGGGGAUGAACCAGACUUAGAUCCUGAAAUAUGCAGAUCAUUCUUUGAAGGAAAUGUCCUCAAGUUAGAUCCCUCUCUUUUAACAGAAAAUGGCAUAAGAUGUUUUGAAAGAUUCUUUAGAGGAGUCAAUGUUAAAGAAGGUAAACUAGUGGCUAAGAGGAGAGCUUACUUAAUGGAGGAUUUGGAGUUGAUAGGAGUGGAUUACUUAUGGCAGGUGGUACUUCAAGGUUCAGAUGACAUUGCUGUUCGUGCCAUUGAACUGCUCAAGGAGACUUUCACCUCCCUGGGACCUAAACUAAGAGCUACUCAGGUUGACAUCCAUGAUAAGUUCAUCCAGAGUUGUACAGACCAGAUAUGCCAUUCUGCAGAUGUAUUUUCCAACAAGGGUACAGAGAUUACCCAUAUCGAAGACAAGUCUACAAUUCCAAAGGAAAAGCUUCAGCAAGAAGCAAAGAAAACAGUCCGUUGUCUGACAGUUCUUAAAGAGUAUGUUGCGGAGUGCGAUGAUGAACAUGCAGAGGAACGAGCAAUCUUACCUCAUGGAAGGUCAUGCCGUGGCCGACAUGUUUCUCUGAUUGUCAGAUUCCCAUCCCAUGGUCGUCAGGGAGAAGACUUUGAGAUUUGGUCACACACAAAUGAGUCUAUAGCAUCUGUCAGACGACAGGUUAUGAGCAGGUUGAAGAACUCACUACAGACAGCCAGGCUUGAUCUGUAUGUCAAUGGAGAGAUCCUCUGUCCUUCUGAUGACAAGAGAUUAAUUUCACAAGUGCCAUUGAGAGACAGGACAUUAAUAACAGCCAAGAUUGGAACAAUGAAUAGCUCCAUGCCAUCAUCACCUGAUUCAUCAUCAGACUCGUCAGGGGGGUCUACACCAGCUGCUCUGGAUGGUCCAAACUUAGAUGCUGAGAACUGCCUUCCAGGAGUGAUGUUGUCCAAACGGCACAGCUUUAUGCAAUACCUAAUUGAUCUAUCUGAUCAAGGUAUAGCUCAUAACAUUCCUGAUCUAAGAGAAAGAGUUCAACAACUCCUUAAUCUCAUACCAUCAGAUACAGAGACAGUGGGAAAUAUCAAGAAUGUUUGUAGACCAUCAUCAGAAAACAGUUCUAAACAAUCUUCUGCUUUACUUGACAACAUGUUCUUCAUAUCCUCUUCAACACAAGUUCUUUACAACCUAGAGAUUGUUUAUUCCCUUCUUAUGCCUGCUGCCUUGCCCAGUCACGAUCACCAAACUUUAGAAUUCCAGGUGAACUUUUUGAAAUGUGGUGGCAUUCAAUGCAUACUUAACAUGCUGACAAGUACAGAAUUCCUUCAACAUGCUGAUGUAAUCACUAAAAGAGCUGCAUUCUACACUCUCCUUAAAAUGGCCAAGUUGUUGCUGACAGUAGUGGGUUACGCUCAGGUUACAGUGGUAGCAGAAGCCAUUCAACCUUCUGACCCAUCCUGUUCCCCUCCUCCAAUCUCUGCUAGUGCUCAUAAUGCUGCAGUCAUAUUACAGCAAGCCUUGCAGUACAUUCCUAACCCUGGCACAGAGUGCAUGUUACGGAACAUGGCUGUAAGACUUGCUGGUCACUUGAGUAGUCAGGUUACAGAGCCUUUACCUGAUCUAAAUGCUGUCAAGUCUGUGCAACGGUUAUCAUGGGCUGCAGGUGUGGGCAUGUUACAUCUCAUCCAAUCAACAAAUGAAGAAAUACAUAAAGCAUAUGAUUCAAAGACAAGUACAAAAAGUCUUGAUAACGAUGACAUACAAGUGGCAAGAGAAGCACUUGAAGUACUUAGUGUGUGUUUAGCCUUAUGUCCAAGUCUCCUUGAAACUCUCACAAAGGACAAAUCCUGGCAAUGUUUUAUCAUCGAUCUCCUCAUAAUGUGUCAAAGCAGAGCCAUCCGAUGUAGCACAGCAGAACAGUUCUUUCUCAUUGCUACACGAUGUUCUCAUGGUCACAGACCACUCAUCUUUUUCAUUACACUUCUUUUUACUGUACUUGUGAACUCCAUUAAGGAUCAUGCUGGCUCUUCAUAUGAAUACUUUAGCUUGUUUUGCAAAUUACUUUCCCAUGCCUUUUUGACCCACUGUCCCCUGCCCACGGCCGAAAUGAUGCUGAACACCGAAAUAACAUGGCUCAAAAAAGCAAAGGAUUUAGUUUUAUCGUCUGAGGAAGGAAGCUCUGCCGUGGAUGACUCCCUGUUAGAAGGUCACCUAGGAGUUACGAGAGAAUUGUUACUUUUCCAGUCAGCUCAAAAGAAAUUUGCUAUUGGCUCACAAAAGGAUGGACCUAAUCUUAUCAAGGAUCUUGUCGAAGAUUUCAUCUUCCCUGCAUCCAAACUUAUCAUAGAUGCCAGGAAUGGUAAUGAUGACGUCUGGAACAAAAGAGUCACAGCAAUCUGCUCCACUCAAACUACGAUGGUAGCUGCUUUUGAUCUCUUAGUUGCUCUUUGUAGAGGCUGUGUUCAAAAUCUUAAAGUCUUAGCUGACAUCCUCACUGAUUUCUACUACUCCGGGGAGGACCCUCCUUUGACAGAGUGGGAACAUUUACCUCCAAUUGGACCUCGCCCAUCCAAAGGUUAUGUGGGUCUUAAAAAUGCAGGGGCCACGUGUUACAUGAAUUCCGUAAUUCAGCAGCUUUUUAUGAUUCCUGAACUACGUGAGGGUGUUCUGAAAGUGGAAGGAGCUGUGCAAAAGGAAGAGGAAGAUGGUGUGGACGUAGAGGAGAAAUCCGAGAGUGAGAACACCAUAGACACUGGAUAUCAGUCUGAAGACAACAAAGACAAUGAUAAGGACACUGACACCAACGAUACUAAAGAACUGGAGAUUAAGAGAUAUCAAAUCAGUGUGCUUAAUCAGAUUCAGUUCAUCUUUGGACACCUGGCACAGAGUCAGCUGCAGUUCCAUGUACCUCAAGGAUUCUGGAAAACGUUCAAGUUGUGGGGUGAACCAGUGAAUUUACGUGAACAACAUGAUGCCUUGGAGUUUUUCAACAAUUUGGUUGAUAACUUGGAUGAAGGGUUAAAAGCGCUGAGUGGAGACCCUCUGUUUUCCAACAUACUGGGUGGUAGCUUCGCUGAUCAAAAAAUUUGUAAAGGAUGUCCUCAUAGGUAUUCCCGUGAGGCACCAUUCAUUGCUCUAAAUGUGGACAUUCGUAAUCAUCAGAGUUUAGUGGAUUCUUUGGAACAGUUUGUCAAGGGAGACUUGUUAGAGGGCGCCAAUGCUUACCACUGUGAAAAGUGUGAUAAAAAGGUCGACACAGUCAAACGGAUGUGCAUUAAAAAGCUUCCUCGAGUGCUGGCAAUUCAACUAAAGCGCUUUGACUAUGACUGGGAAAGAGAGUGUGCUGUGAAAUUCAAUGAUUAUUUCGAGUUUCCACGUGACAUGGACAUGGAGCCUUUUACAGAGCUUGGUCUUGCAAAGCUUCAAGGUGAAAUGGCUGAAAACUCAACUGAAAGUGAAGCAGAGGAACAAUUAAAGAGUGAAAUAACAGGCAGUACCAAGUACCGGCUGGUGGGAAUAUUGGUACACAGUGGACAAGCUAGUGGUGGACAUUAUUACUCUUAUGUCUUGCAGAGAGUUUCUCCAGAUAAUGUUCCCAAAUGGUACAAGUUUGACGAUGGCGAGGUCUCAGAAUGCAAAAUGGACGAUGAUGAGGAACUAAAGACUCAGUGCUUUGGAGGUGAUUACAUGGGUGAAGUGUUUGAUCAUAUGCUGAAAAGGAUGUCAUACAGGAGGCAGAAGAGAUGGUGGAAUGCCUACAUCUUGUUUUAUGAACGCCUUGAUGUCAUGGAUAAAGGCAGAACUGUUGAUGUUGAUAGAAUCAUCAGAUGGUCUGAGGAUUGCGCGGAGAUGGAGCCUCUGGCAAUGACCAGCAUUCAGUUGGUUUCCAAGUUCCUUUUCACUACUGGCUUUCGAACCAAGAAAACCAUCAGGGGUCCAGCGGGUGAAUGGUACGAUGCAGUGUGUGUCUUACUCAGACAGUUUAAGGCUGUCCGGGAGUGGUUCGCCAAGUUUGUGUUGUUCUCCCAUCCUGAUCGCUUUUCAGAGUAUUUAUUGGAGUGCCCCAGCGGAGAGGUAAGAAGUGCCUUUGCUAAGAUUCUGGUGUUUUUAGCGCACUUCUCUCGGCAGGACGGCCCCUGUUAUCCGUACCCGGACGACAUUAAACAAGAAUCAGAUCUUGACAACAAAGCGACCCUGAGUGACCAUAUCCUAAGCGCCGUUUUGGGAUUAUUGAAGAAAGAGGUUCCAGAACACGGCCGUCACUUACAACAGUACUUUCACUUCUUUCUCAUGUACUCCACUAUUGGUCCACCUGAGAGACUUCAACUCCUACAGCUCGGUGUUCCCGCAACGUUCAUGCUGGUGGCAUUGGACGAGGGCCCAGGCCCUCCCAUUCGUUACCAGUACGCUGAACUGGGAAAACUUUACUCGGUUGUGUCUCAGUUAGUUCGCUGCUGCGACGUUUCGGCUAGAAUGCGCUCUUCCGUCUCGAACACACAGCCAAGAGCGAAUCCGUUUGGCGAAGGGCAUCCAGUAAUGGAGAUUCAGCCUGUAGUGGCAGACAUCCUGUUCACCAAAGCCACAUACUUAAAGAAAGUGAUUGAAGACAGCACAACUUCGGAAGACACGCUGAAACUGUUAAGAUUUUGCUGUUGGGAAAAUCCACAGUUCUCACGGAUAGUAUUAAGUGAACUUCUCUGGCAGGUUGCAUUUUCGUACACAUAUGAGUUGCGACCAUACCUAGACUUACUGCUGCAAAUGAUGCUUAUAACAGACUCCUGGCAGAGUCACAGAAUUCAUAACACCCUUAAAGGAAUUCCAGACGACAAAGAAGGUUUGUUUGACACAAUUCAGCGCUCGAAGAAUCAUUAUCAGAAGAGAGCGUAUCAGUGCAUCAAGUUCAUGGUCACUCUUUUCUGCAGCUGUCCCCUUGCGCACCAGAUUCUCAUGACGGCACAGGACCUCCGCCGGAAGUGGACAUGGGCAGUAGAGUGGCUUAAUGACGAACUGGAGAGGAGGCCGUAUACAGGAGGUACGUCGUACACUUACAACAACUGGUCUCCACCGGCGCAGUCCAAUGAGACGUCCAAUGGGUAUUUCCUUGAACGAUCACACAGUGCACGACUCACACUCGCCAAGGCCUGCGAAUUGUGUCCUGAAGAGGACCAAGAAGAACCUGAGGGAGAUGUAGAGGGGGAAAAUGGGAACUCCGCAGACGAGGCUUCCCCAAAUGUUGAACGCUCGAGUCCUAGACGGAAUUCUGAAGACCAGUCUUCCCCGGUCACUGAACAGAUUCCACCUCUAGAUAGUAGUGAUACUGUUGAUAAUGAAUCCACCACCAAGGUACAAAAUGAGGAGUCUGACUGAGCACUAAGUGUUUUGGAUACUUCUGUGAACUGCAGUAGCCAUCGCCGGGAUGUUGUAUACCGGUUGGUAUCCCCAUGGCAACUAGCAAGCCACGACUGCGUGGAUACAGUGGCAUUUGUCACACUCUGACCCAAUCUUAUCACGGACAAGAGGCACAGCGUCCGUACUUGGACAUAUUUACUUUGAUUGUUACAAUAACUUGGAGUCGAAGUGGAAAAUGCUAAUUUAUUUUUUUAUUUAAUGUAGAGGGCCGUUUACUUUGACUGAACGACUCAGUUUUGUAGUAUUUUCAGAUGGUGUUUAUAUGCGAUGCUCGAUUGUGGUGUAGUUUCAAUCCGUUGUCUUCGUGUAGCCCUCUCUCUUUCAGUCUGAUGGUGAUAGAAUAAUCACAAGCCCGAUCAGCAGUCGUUUCUCAAGAAAUUCUCAAUGUUCUGUAAAAAUUUUAAGAGGAAAAAAAAUGGAAUAAUUCUAGAGCCUAUAAAAAGUACCAAAAUAGAAGUAUUGUCACCUGUUCA